UCUUCUUAAAAGAAUCUCAAAAGAGCUAGGAAACAGCAGCUAUGGAAUAAUAAUUUUGACAUAUAGCAAAAAAGUUUCAGAACAAAGUUUCUGGUGGUUUCUGUACAGCUGAAGGAACAUCUGUUAUCUUACCCCAAACAUGACUGUUGAUUCCAGGAAUGCUCGUGUGUUCUCAGUUCCUACUCUAACUGGUAUAUGCAGAGCUUUACUUUUUUCAGCCUGCAGGUGGUGGCUGCAAGUUUCACCAUCGGCAGUUAAAAGCAGCAAACCCAAGCGUGGCAAAGGCAAAAGCUCCAAGAAGAAAGGAAAGAAGAUGGCGAAGGAAGUGGAUAUCCUCAGCCCAGCUGCCAUGCUCAACGCUUACUACAUCUGUCACAAUGCCCCUGCCUGCCUGGCAUUCCGGGGCUUUCCCUGGCCUGGCUCUCCCAAAAAGAAGGGGAAGAAAGGAAAGUAACCGGAUGGCUGGAAAGCAAAGGACUUAGUGAAAUCAAGCUCCCCAGUGAAGAAGAGACUUUUUUGCAGAUUAGACUUGUACUGACCUCUCCAGUGGUUAGCUCAAAUAUUUUGCCAUAAUCACUGUUGUGUCCAUACAAAGAGACUCUUAUUAUAGCUCAAGCACAGAGUGACAAAUGGUAAGUGACACUGUGCCAUUGUAAUUUCAGCUGUGGCCCUUCACCCUCCAGCCCUGUGUGGAAUAAAACAUUGUGUCUGGAGGGUUUGUAGUGGAGUUUGCUUUACCCAUACCCCUGCCGUUCUUUUACGGAUGGGACAUGCUCCCGGAUAUGCUGGUGUACCUCCAGCUGGUUUAAUUGGCACUGGUGGAAACUUGAACUCAGAAAUUUGAUACCAUGGUAAGGUUGACAGUGUUAAGUAUGAUUUCUAUAACGUCAGCUUAUCUGUCCUGAGAGUCAUCCAACGCUCCCUCUCUGGGUCAACAAAGAGCCAUGUGAUGCCAUCUGUGUAUCUGCGUGAUUCACCUUGUUCUAAACUAAAUGGCUACCUUUGGUCAGAUAAGCAGUGCUUGAAGCUCCAGCAAAUCACCGGCCCUCCUUUGGCUGUAGUUAAAAUCUGGAGAUUUGGCUUAGAUGUUAUCAGUGAUGCUGUUACACACAGUUAGAGGUUAUGAUGAACCCCCCUCCGCCCAUCCAGGUCUCCCUUACAGGAAUCUGCCUUAGUCCCAACAUCCUGGCUAGAGACCACAAACUUUGUGUUACGGUUCAUAGUUCUUUCACUCCAUUCCCUCCACAUGUGUUUAAUGCCGAUCUUGGUAAAUUGUGAAGCAGCAUGUUGAGUGAAACUGUACAUCUCUCUCAGAUCCUUACACUGACUGGAAGGAUGCAGUGCAGUGACUGGGAGGGGUAAGGAUACGUCCUGAACUGAUGGAGGCUGUGGAGAGGUGGGGAGGAAUGCAAAAGGGCUGCAAUCUUGGAGAAAGAGUUGGGAAAAGAGAAUCUGUAGUGGGUUAGAACUACUAUGAGGGGAGAUUUCCCAGUUCUCUAGGAUACCCAAGGGACUGUGAGCCUGCAAGACUGCUCUUUAAACCGAGCAGUACUGUGAUGUGCACAGGAAGUAUCACAUCAGAAUUUCAGUUGCUGUCUUGGGGCUGAACAUCUGUGAUGCUGAUCUGGCAGAGCAGCGAGCUGGCUCUCAAGGCUGUUUCUGACUUAAAACUCCAGGAGGUGCAGCACCUUUUUGACUUCCAGGUAGCUUUAUGUUAUGGGUAACAAAACAGGCAAUUAUGUGAUCAGCCCAAACUGAUAAAGCCUUAUGCAGCUUUUCCAUCUAAAAUGUUCCUCUAUGAAGAUGCCUUGACAGGUAAAAUCAUAGCAUUGCUUGUAGGCCAGCUACUGUUGUUAUGUAGCUGUACAUAUGUAUGUACUGCGCUAUUCCACUGAAUUGGUUUCAUCUACAUGUCAAGAAAAUCAUGGUGGAUAUUGUGUUUUCUUGCUAAUUAGUUGGCAGUUGGCAUGUUCUGAUGAAUCAGAGAUGUGGUUUGCGGUACUAGUUUGUUCUGUUAUGCAUCAAUGUGUCUUCCUCAGCAUUUACUCAUGUUCUUGCUUCCCCAUCACCCACCAGGAAGUCUCUGGUCACAGCAAAUAGUUUUUCCAAGUAUAGUGUUAAGUAUUUCCUCCAAGUAUCAACAUUCUAAAGCAAGAGAUCUCUUGUGACCUCUGUAUUUAAGAUCUUGAGCUAAACAUUUGAAAACAUAAAUUAAAAAAAAACAACCUUUUUGUAUGAUGCAUUUACUACACAUAACUUUAAGGAACGUGUGUUUCUGAGCACUGAGGUAGGAACUGCCUAACAUCGCGGGAGGGAGCCCCUAUCGCUGUCAGUUUGGGUCCCAAGGUCAGUUUGCAGGAGCAGCUGAAGAGCAGUACAAUCUCUUGCCAAGCUGAAGAACCCAAUUUAAGCAAUUGCAUGCAGACCAGGUGUCUGGGGAAGUAACUUCCUUCUGGGCAACUUAUUCUCCAGCUACCUAUCACAGCCUUGUGCACAGUUUCCUCUGAAGCAACUGUUACUUGGCCAGUGUGGGAGACAGUGUGCCACACAAGACAGGCAAGUGGUCUGAUCUGAUACAAUGGUUACAAGUAAGGAAAGCCAUUUUUACAUCUGUGAUAGACCAGAGUACAAAGACUUGCAAAGUUUUAGUAUGCCAAAAUUACUGGAAAAAAUACUGAAAUACCAUUUAUGUUUUCUCUUAAAAUACCAACCUGAAUUCUGCAUGAUGCAGUUGAGCACUUACCAAAAGGUGACCAGCAAUGUGCAAAGGACAAAGACUCUGCUUUCUAGUGUAUCUGAAAAGUUGCCAUUCAUUUCUUUGACAAUAGAUGAGAAAACCCUUCCAAUCAGCCCAAACUGAAAAAUGAAACACACUUUCUUUUUCCCUUUUACCUCUCUCAUGCCUUGAUCCAUCUCAAUUUUGCAUGUAAUUCAGGAUCCCUGGUGGUAAUAAAGACCAACAGACAUCUCUAAAGAAAAGUUUGGACUUCAAAUGGCUCGAUUUUCUAUUUGAAUGUGUUGCUUAAGAGUGCUGCAGGCUCUGCUUCUAGCUUCUAAGGAAGACUCUGGCUCAAGUGGACAUGAGUUGACAGGGAGUCUCUCCUGCUGCGGCGUGACACUUGGAGAUAUUUAUGGUUUAUCACAACCUGUAAGAGUGUGAUUCUGUGGCAGGCUUAUCUGCUUGCUGGGACACAGAACUUAGAAGCUGAGUUUAUGAUGAAUAAAGCCUGUUCUGCUCAAAUCCACACAGAAUCUUUUGAGGGGAAACUGCAAGCUGGAGAGGCCCUUUGUUUUACGGUCACACUGCAAGGGAACUUCAUGGCGUUAUGUCCAUUAUGUCUUGCAGCGAGUCACAUUUGUGUAGUACUUCCCUCAUUUUGCUGUUACUGAGUAGUCAAGCACAGUGUGCUGCUUUGGGUACAGGAUGUUUCCUGUAGGAAGUUGUGUACCAAAGCUGUUAAAAGUACACUGGAUGUUGAUUGCAUGUUUGUGGGUGGGGCACAGGGGCAGGGAGGGGAGAGUCACAGGACUAUUAUGUGAUGUAAGUGGUGGAUACAUAUAUAGAUAUCAAGAGUUUUUUAAAAAGUUAUUAUUCACCACAUUUGGUAUUACGAGUAUUUCAAGCUGUAUGUGAUCAGCUGCUUUACUCUUCAGUCAGCAUUUCUGUAUUACCUUGCAUCUCCUGGCAUGUUAUUUUCACAUUAAGAAAAGCACUGUGGAUCUUUAGGAUACAUAAGAAAAGCUUGAGAAGUGGCAUGAA